ACCCUUACAUGUGCAAUAACGAGUGUGAUGCGAGUACCCCCGAACUGGCACACCCUCCUGAGCUGAUGUUUGAUUUUGAAGGAAGACACCCCUCCACAUUUUGGCAGUCUGCUACUUGGAAGGAGUACCCCAAACCUCUCCAGGUUAACAUCACUCUGUCUUGGAGCAAAACCAUUGAACUCACAGACAACAUAGUUAUUACCUUUGAAUCGGGGCGUCCAGAUCAAAUGAUUCUAGAGAAAUCUCUCGAUUACGGACGAACAUGGCAGCCCUAUCAGUAUUACGCCACGGACUGCCUACACGCAUUCCACAUGGACCCGAAAUCCGUGAAGGAUUUAUCCCAGCACACGGUUUUAGAGAUCAUUUGCACAGAAGAGUACUCCACGGGGUACUCCACAAAUAGCAAAAUAAUCCACUUCGAGAUCAAAGACAGGUUUGCGUUUUUUGCUGGACCUCGGCUACGAAAUAUGGCUUCCCUCUAUGGACAGCUGGAUACAACCAAGAAACUCAGAGAUUUCUUCACAGUCACGGACCUGAGGAUCAGGCUGUUGAGACCCGCCGUUGGGGAAAUAUUUGUAGAUGAACUACAUUUGGCACGUUACUUUUAUGCGAUCUCAGACAUAAAGGUGCGAGGAAGGUGCAAGUGCAACCUGCAUGCCACCAUGUGUGUGUAUGACAACAGCAAACUGACAUGUGAGUGCGAGCACAACACUACAGGUCCAGACUGUGGGAAAUGCAAGAAGAAUUACCAGGGCCGACCGUGGAGUCCAGGCUCUUACCUCCCCAUCCCCAAAGGCACCGCUAACACCUGUGAGUAGCACCGCUCCAUUACCAACACGUUCUGUGCAUGCUGAGUCGAUUCUGUCUGGGUUCCACUUUCAAU